CCCUUCCGCUUCCUGCCCCGGGGCCCUUGGUGCGAGUCGCGUCCCCUCUCUGGGCCUAGGGUCAGGCCAAGCCCUCCCGCGUCGUCGCCCGACCUCCGGGUGCUCGCCUCACGACCCGAAAGGGCCCAUCGCCUAGUGCCCAGUGAGUGCGUGCGUCAGUGCGUGAUCACGUGCAGAAGCCGAGGCAGGCAGGCAGGCAGGCAGGCAGGCAGAAGGGUGCUCCCUCCUCGGGCCAAAGCAGGCCGCCGAGGCCCGAGGAGCUGGCAGGAGAUGAAGUUUGGCUGCCUCUCCUUCCGGCAGCCUUAUGCGGGUUUUGUCUUAAAUGGAGUCAAGACUGUGGAGACGCGCUGGCGUCCCCUGCUUAGCAGCCACCAGAACCAUACCAUCGCCGUCCACAUUGCUCGCCGGGACUGGGAAGACGUCACCUGGCAGGAGCUGCUGGUGGAAAGGCUUGGGAUGACUCCCACCCAGAUUCAGGCCUUGCUUCUGGAAGGGGAAAAGUUUGGGCGAGGAGUGAUAGCCGGGCUCAUUGACAUUGGGGAAACGUGGCAGUGCCCUGAAAACUUGGCUCCCGUGGAGAUUGUGGAACUGGAAAGUCAAGCCGUUCUGACCGACCUGAAGCAGAAGUACCUGACUGUGAUUUCAAACCCCAGGUGGUUACUGGAGCCUGUGCCCUGUCAAGGCGGAAAGGAUGUGUUCCAGGUAGACCUCCCAGAGCACCUGAUCCCUCUGGAACGUGAGGUCUGCAGAGUAUGCAUCCCUGCGGGGAACGUAGCUGACACCUCAGCUCACCAUCAUGUGCAGCUAGAUCUAUAUUAAUCAGGUCAAGCUGGAGUUACCAUUGCCACAAAGACUGCUGCUACACACCGAGGGAGGUUCACAUACGUGGAUUUCUUUGCUUGGAUGAAGGGAAGGAGGGGUGAACUCUUCCUUACGUGAUGCACCGAGCUCAUUGACCAUGUCUCGAGCACUCUGACGUUUAGGAAAAAGGAAAUGCCUUGGCAUGGUGCUAAUUUUGGUCCUGCUACUUUCUGAAUCAUACGAAUAAACGCGUUGAA